UUGUACAAAAUGGCAACUUCAUUACCUCCUUUACUUCUGCAGAAACUUCAACGUCGUGGAAUCGUUGCGGAUGAAAAGAAAGAAGAGGAAGUGUUCGCUGAAAGUUAUGAUCAAGAGGAUGAAACGAAAGCUGACACUGGCAAGGAAAAAUAUCGUGGUGGCGCUCCAGGAUGUCCAAACAAACACAUACUUUUUCACGUCUGCACUGAAUUUUGCUUUGAUCAAUGGCAAGAAGGAUAUCCGGAAUCUCGUCUUCCUGAACGUUAUUUGGAACAACGAAAGAAAAUGCUGCGCAAUUAUCCACUGCCUGAAGGUUGGACGGAAAUUUAUGAUUCCGGGAUGCGCCGGCAUUACUAUUGGAAUCAGAGCACUGAUGAGGCCGUCAUUUCAGAAUCUGCUCCAAAAAUAGCUAGAGAAAUGUGGAACUUAAAUAGCCACAAGGCUGAAGAUGUUGCGGAUGAGGAGGUCAACAACAAAGGAAGGAAUAGAAGUGGAAGAGGAAAGGAAGGCAGAAAUCAACAUGAAAAUAGACGUGACAGGAAAAAUGCAAUGGCUAUUGCCAAGCGUGGAAGAGGAGCUGAGGAUGAAAGUGAUGAAGACUCGAGACCAAUUGCAGAAUUAACUGAACGUGACAAACUAAAACGUGCUAAACGUAAGGGAAUUGACCCAAUGGACCCAUCCGCCUAUGGAGAGGCUCCUGAAGGUGCUUGGACAUCUGGACUUGUAGAAGAUCAAGAAGUAAAGACUGGCGUUGAUGUGACUGCUUCUGGACCGCUCUUUCAACAACGACCGUAUCCUGCUCCUGGCGCAAUUUUACGUCGACUACAUCCUGAUAAGUACCCGCCAACAUAA